AUGUCCAGCAUCACAAAACUGCAAAUCAAACUCCCAUCCGAUCUCACCUCACUCUACACCCCAGACGUGAACCGCCGCCGCGUAAAACCCUUCAACUUCGCCCGCGCCGGCCUCACCGCCCUAGAAGAACUCUACAUCCGGUACCGCCCGGAGCACACAGAAAAAGGCAUCGGCGGACCCGGUCGCGAACUCAUUGUGCAGAUCCUCUGGCGCAUCAUGUGGGAAAGAGAUAUCAAGCGACUCAGGAAAAUCUGCAUUGUGCAUGAUGGCGCGCAGCCGUUCCUUUCGCUUUCCCUGCUGUAUAACAUGUUGCAGAACUUUACGCCGCUCCAAGUGUCGAAAAGGUGGAAGGUGCGAUCGGAUCUUGAGCAUGGAAGGCUGAGGUUUGAGGAGUGGGGUGGUGGGGAGAAGGGGAGGGGGGUUGAUGUUGUGGUUGGGUUUAGCUUUUGGGAAGCGGAGGCUUAUGUGGAGGUUUGUGAGAUGGUUCUUGAGGUAUGUUUGAUUAGUUACUUGCAUCUGAGGGGAUGGGGCGCUGUCGGGAGUAGCUUGCGGUUCUAG